GAGAAGCCAAGGAGUCAACGCCCUCCCCUGGUGGCUCCCUCCCCUGGGGUGUGACCAUCUGAAAUCCGUGUGCCCCAGCAACUCGGCCUCCAGCCGCUGACGGCUGACGGACAGGGAGCGAGAUGUUGAGAAAGAUUCCCAUGUUCCCAUCCGCCGUACCGCCGUACCUCUGGGACCUUGAGGAGGGAUGCCUAUCCUGCAUCUUCUGACAAUUCACUCGUUCCAUCGCCCAUCCUUCCACGCAGCCUUCGACCUCCCCUUCACUUUGGACAUCCCUUCUUUCACUUGUUCCUCAUGGACCCGUUCGCCACUAUUACCAUGCUGGGCGCCUUGCGAGCUCUGAUGCUCGCUCUGAUGUUGGCUGUCCCCAUCCACGGCGCCGCCACCUCUGUCGUCCUCGACAGCUACAGCCUUAACGCCUUGUACAGGCCCCAAGUUAAUGGCUCGCUGGCGAACACUGGAGCUUGGAAUGCAAGCUUCACGGGAAGCCCUUGGUCCACCAAGCUCUUUGGAGCCCAUGGCGAGGGGCAAGGAUACCAUUUUGCCGUCUACAACAAAACUCUCGAUCCGCCUUACGUUCAAUUCGACUUCUAUGGCACUGGCAUCGAGUUCUUCGGAUUCUGGGGCUAUGUCGGUUCCGGAACGAAGGUUAGCGGCGGCCCAGGAUCCACCAGUAUCUUCGUCAGCGGCGCGACAUACUCGGGGCCUCAGGACAUCAUAUUCAGCGGCAUGUCCUUGUCCCGUGCAAUGGAUUCGGCUCAGCCGGUGUCGAUUGGAAUCAUCAAAGACCUUCCCGCAGGUUUCUACUCGGUGGGACUGCGUGUCACUGGCGGCACUGUUUCCUUCACGCACGCAGUGAUUGACGCCGAGUUCGGUGCAACUCAGUCAACGAUGGAGGUUACAAGGCGAAACGCUGUCAUUGUUUCGCCCGUCAAGACAACUGAUUUAGGUGAACUGGUUCGCAACGAUGACUUCGGAAACUGGACUGGAGCGGGCUGGACAGUCAAUGCCGACCGCCGCGUUUUGGGCACCGACAAACUUAAUGAUUCUGUCCUGAUUGAUCUCGGCACUGGCAACUACUGGAUGGACCUCAAGGGCAGCCGCGGGACGUUCGCGAGCUUCUUCCGCUACGAAAUUAGUCCUGCACCGCCAAUGCUAUACGAACGGUUGACCACUUUGAGGGCUUAUUCACCGUGGGAAGUUCGCAACGUAUCGCUUCUCGCGACCACGCUCGAUCCGGCAGUGCGCUACACGCUAUCGGUCACCAAUCUCCUCAACGAUGGUUUCGACACAGGUUAUGAGGGGCUGAACAAGAUGAUGAAUUGGCUUGAGCUGAGCUCGUUGGAGCUAUGGAAUCAGCAUGCAGGACCGUCUCCAGCGAAGGAGCCACCCAUCGCUGCGAUUGUGGGGGGAACACUGGGGAGUGUGAUACUAUGUGUUGUCGUCGGCGCUACCGCUUGGUGGUACAUGUGCGGCCGCCGUCGACGCCGCCGAACUAUCAGCCCCGAGGACAACUUUGAGAUUGAUGAAUCUCCCGUAGCUGUCUCAACGCCAUAUGUCUCCCCACGUAAGUCAGUAUGGGUCUCGGCUGACUAUGGCCAUUGCAUCAGACAGUGGCAGAACCUCGUACUUCCAGUCCCGGUCAUCACGGACCUCACAGGGGCCCUUGAUGGGGCAAGUCCGGAACAAGCACGCAUCCAUGGAGAGCCACCACAUGUCCGGCUCAUCGGCAGACAACUCCGUCGUCCCUCUGAAGCUCCGCGAGCAGGCACAACGCCAAUCGAGUUACGGCCGCUACUCCAUUGACUCAGGCUUUUGGGUUCAAAUUGGCUUCGGCAUGGAAGGUUCCUUAAUUGCGGGCAGCGGGCGGAUCGAAAACGACGCUCCUACUUUCCAGAGCUUGGACGCAGGCCCCGUCCAGCCCCACACUGCUACGCCCCUCGAGGU